UGUAUGUGUGAGUGAGUGCUGGCGGGAAAAUCGAUCGAUACUUGUUUAGUUGUUUCGGUUGGUUGGCUCGACGUGUUGUCGCGUUGUCUCCUUACAUAUUUAUUACGAAAAUAAUGAUCCGCUAAAUAACGGUGUGUAAUUAUAAAAUUAAAAAGACUAGGAAAACCAUGGCAUCUUAUCUGGUUUUGUGUCUUGCUUUUUUAUUAACGACUUCGGCGGAAUUCGUUUGGAGACAUCACACGAAUGAACAACUACCCGUGAUCCUUGAAGAUAUCCAUGCAAGAUGUCCCAACAUCUCAAGAGUUUAUGCUUUAACGGAACCGUCAGUAAACGGCGUUCCUUUAUAUGUUAUAGAGUUUUCGGACAAACCUGGAUUCCACCAGCCAUAUAAGCCUGAAGUUAAAUAUGUUGGGAAUAUCCAUGGAAAUGAGGUGUUAGGGCGCGAGUUACUGCUGGGUCUUGCUCACUACCUGUGUGAGCAGUACAACAAACAUGAUCGUAGAAUUCGAACCCUGAUUCAUUCUACUCGAAUUCAUUUGUUACCCGCUAUGAAUCCAGAUGGCUGGCAAUUGUCUACAGACACCGGCUGUGUUGAUUAUUUAAUUGGCCGGACCAAUAAUCAUUCAGUGGACCUUAAUAGAAACUUCCCAGACCUAGAUGCCAUAACAUUUGAGUUUGAACGCCAGGGAAUUAAUCACAACAAUCACUUAUUAAAAGAUUUAACUCGACUUGCUGCACCGCUGGAACCUGAGACCAGGGCUGUUAUGAGAUGGAUCAUGUCGGUGCCAUUUGUAUUGAGUGCUGCAAUGCAUGGUGGUGAUCUUGUUGCCAAUUACCCUUAUGAUGAGAGCCGGAGUGGUGCUCCAGUAUCAGAGUAUUCUGCAAGUCCAGAUGAUGAUACUUUCAGGGAGCUAGCUAUGGCGUAUGCGUCAGCCCACGCCGAUAUGGCUUCUGCAACUCGGCGCGGGUGUCACACUACCAAUUCUGAAGAGUCAGCUUCUUACAACUUCGGCAAGCAAGGUGGAGUCACUAAUGGUGCUGCUUGGUACAGUUUGAAAGGAGGUAUGCAGGAUUUCAACUAUCUUGCAACAAACGCGUUCGAAAUCACUCUUGAACUGGGUUGCGACAAGUAUCCACCAGCAAGCGUGUUGCAGCAAGAAUGGGAGAGGAAUCGUGAAGCUCUGCUAGCCUACAUAUGGAAGGCACAUACUGGCAUCAAGGGGAUCGUGUCUGACGACGCUGGGUUCAUUCAGAAUGCUAUUAUAUCCGUCGUAAACAUCACAGGACCUGUACCAAGACCCAUUCGUCAUGACGUCACUACAGCUGCGUACGGCGACUACUAUCGGCUGCUGACCCCGGGUCACUACGAGGUGACGGCGAGCCACCCCGGCUACUUCCCGGUGUCGCGAGUCGUCACUGUGCCCCGACACCAGACUGCCGCACAUGUACUCAACUUCCAAUUAGAGCCUACAACUAGCUGGUUCGAUGAUGAGACUACCUUUGGACUGUACCCUCACGGACUGCGCGACGGACAACCACGGAUAUACAAACGAUCUAUCUACGAACAGGUAGCCAAAUCUAUGCUAGACCGAAAGGAAUCAGCCAAACAAUAAAUAUAUCAACUCCGCACUACAAAUGACCCGUUUUUUCCAAUUGUUUGUAUAUAAGCUUGUAAUUAGAUUAUUAGGCGUAAUUAAAAAUAUGCAAGGUUUUUUGUUAAACACUUUUUUAUGAUACUUUUACCUACAACACUAAACAUAUAUUACUGCCUCAAUGACAUCAUCAAUUUUAUAAAGAACUUUUUAAUACGAUGUGCCAUAGCUGGCUAUGUGUAGACAGAGGGUAGAACGAAAUAAAAUCACAACUGUUAUUGAAGAUGGGCGUCAAUUUGUUGGUAGUUUUUAUGAAUAGAGUAGAUAAUUUAUUUGUAAAUAUUAUUUAUAUUAAAACAUUUAUUUUUCAAAAUAAAAGACACGCGUAUGCGAGAUGAUUCAACAACGGACGCCCAAGUAUCAAUGACCCAUAUUAAAAUGUAUUUUUAGAAGUUUGUAAUUUAAUAAAACGGUUAUUGUUGCACAUAAGCAGAAACUUUUUAGUCCAAUUUUGUAGUCCUUGUCGAGUGUACGUAACUUAGAAGAUAUUUUAAUAUAAUAUAUCGGUGGGCAUAAUAAUUGUUACGUCAGUUUAUUAACAUAGUUAGAAAUACAUAUAUUUAGGAACAGAUAUCUAUUGUUAUAUUUUUGGGGCUUUCAUCGCCAUAGGUCAUUUAUUACAAUUGAUACCUGUUUGAUGCUGCUAGUUUGAGCACCAGUAAUUAUUCUUAUAUGUAUAUCUGAUUUGUAGUUAAAAUAAAUAUUAAAAUUUAUAUAAACAUUGAUAUAUUCUCUAAAUUGUUUCAAUAUGUAAGACAUCUCAAUAAAAUAUGAUCUGUGUGCAA